UGUAAUUGAUACCCAUAACUUUAUUAGUGUCUAGGUCAGCCAGCAGCCCUUAACUCGUUUCAAACUGGACCAGCUCUUAUAGAGAAGGUAAAUAAGUUUGUGCAUGAUGACACUGCUGACUAGGGAGGAUAUAUCUCGUGUGUUUUGGGAGCCGUACAUUAUAACAGGUUACAGGCAGACCAACACCUCUUUCUAUCAAUGCAUCAAGUACAUGUUUACGCUGCACAAUGACUGGGGUAACUUCUGGACGCACUUCAUACCCUUUUGGGCGUGGCUGUAUUGGCUAUAUCGACUCUCCUACUCUAUUGAUUUCACCGAUCCUUUUUGGUAUCCAUUAUUAGCUCUGUGGGCUGGCGGUUGUGCUUAUGCAUUCUGUUCUAGCAUGGCUCACGGGUUUGCAUGCAAGUCCCUCUUCACUCGUCAGGUAUGCUUCAUGAUUGACUAUCAUGGCAUCAGUCUGUACGGGUUUGGUGGUGGAGUUGCUUAUUAUUUUUACGAGAGACCGUCAGAUGUUCGUUUUUUUGAGUACACUCGUAUGUUCAUGGCUCUUAACAUUCUCAUUUCCCUCAAUGCUACCUUUUUGUGCUCUCUCUCCCGUUUCUAUCUCGAGAAAUAUCGCUAUCUCUUAAGAGCUGGUGCUUUUAUUUUGCCAUAUUGCUUUGGCUGCUUUCCUUUCUUUUGUCGUUUCACUGUUUGCGUUUUAUCCGGCAAGGAAUGUCUCCCAGAGACGCUUCAUCUUCAUUUCUUUGCUUUCUUCAUAUCACACGUAAUGGCUGGUUUCUUUGUGAGCAAACUCCCCGAGCGAUUCUUCCCAGGAAAAUUUGACUAUUUCUUUCAGAGUCACCAGUUGUUUCAUAUCACAGCAGUAAUGCUCACAUCAGUCCAGUUUUUGAUGAUGCCUCAUGAUGCAAUGGUUAGGCUCCCAUUUCUGAGUCAAGACCUUGUUGUGGUACCAACUUUUUAUAAUACACUUGCUCCUUUCUUGUUUGUUUUUGUCGCUGGUUUUAUGAUUGUGGGUGUCCUGGGGUAUCUUGUGUACAGAGGUGUACUUGUCAGCAACAAAGGACAUGAUGACAAGAAAUCCAAGUGAUUCAACAUUUCUGGAGCUUUUAUUGAUUGCUAUUAUUUAUUUUCAAUUUCUUUUAUUUAUUUUAUCUGUUGUAUCACAGGGACUGCAAUUAUGAUGUUUUUGAUUAAUACUUUAUUUCUUUAUGAUGCAAAUUAAUCUUUCUUUGGUAA